AGAAAAUAUCUCACUGACGCCGGAGGCCGGAGCAGAGGGGGGAGGGCCGACCAUGUGAGCGCCGUCGCCGCCGUUUCGGUCCUCCUCUGCUCUUCCAGCCGUGCUGGGCGCCGCCUUUUCUUGAUCCCGUCCCUAGCAGCCGGCCCCAGCUUACGAUUUUCGGUUCCUUGAAGUUUCAGUCCAGCACUCUGUGCCUGCUCGACAACCUGAGAUUACUCAAGCAGUGUAGCUCCACUAGGUGAUGGAGGGUCUCCCAGAGCCACUGCUUGCGGAAAUCAUCAAGAGGAUUACGAGGACAAGCGAUCUGAAUGCUAUUUCCCUAGUGUCAAAGCACCUCUAUAAUGCUGAGGCCGAGGAAAGGGUUACCAUCCGCGUUGGAUGUGGCCUUCACCCUGCAACAAAAGCCUUGUCAUCACUCUGCUUCCGGUUUCCCAACUUGUGGAAAGUAGAGAUCAAUUACUCCGGUUGGACCUCCAAACAAGGGAGGCAGUUGGACAACCAAGGGAUUCUUGUGCUUUCGUCUCAGUGCCCUUUGCUGUCGGAUCUCACAUUAAGCUUCUGCUCCUACAUUAAUGACACUGGUAUUGGACAUCUAGCGGAUUGCAAGAGGCUCAAGGCCCUCAGGCUGAAAUUUGCCCCAGCUAUAAGUUCUAGUGGGCUUCUUUCGGUAGCGACCGGGUGCAAGAAUCUAUCUGCUUUCCAUCUCGUUGACUGCAUGAAAGUAGGCAGUGUGGAGUGGCUUGAGUACCUUGGCAGAGCCGGAUCAGUGGUGGAACUUGUGGUGAUGGACUGCAAGGGAAUCAAACAGUAUGACCUCCUAAAGUUCGGUCAAGGAUGGAUGAAGCUUGAAAAAUUUGAGUUUCAGAUCAGCAAUUGCUGGUCAUCAGGGACUCCUUCUAACUCUUCUUAUUAUGCUCACCACCCGUAUAAAUAUGAUCUCAGUUGUGAAAAUCUGAAGGAUUUGAGGUUGGCGCAUAUAGAUAUAGCUAUGCGGAUGUUGGGGCAUAUUGUAGCUGUGCCACAUAUUGGACUCCAUUUUCUUUUGAGGAAGUGCAAAGCAUUGGAGAAACUUUGCCUGCACUAUGUUACUGGCUUAGAGAAGAGCGAUAUGAUUGCACUGUUCCAGAACUGCAGCACCCUUAGAAGCUUCACACUCCACGAAUUGCCUACGCUGAGGAUGCCACUGACUGAUGAAAGCCUUGUGGUUCUAGGUCGCAGCUGCCCUAUGCUUGAGGUUGUUGAACUGUCCUUCACAAUAUGUUCCAAUACCUAUCUAUCAGAAAUAGGCUUAACACAGGGUAUUGUGAUGCUGAUUCAGUCUGCUCCUGUCCGUGUUCUAAUGCUUACUGGCAUCGGCAAUUUUGGUGAUGAGGGAAUGAGGGGCCUCUCAUCCGCACAAUUCUUGGAGACACUCGUGCUUGCGGAUUGCGAAAUGAUAACUGAUUCUGGGAUAAGUUUCUUAUCGUGCGCACCGUCCUUGAGCAGUCUCACUCUCCAACAAUGCAAUAAAGUAACUGAUAAUGGAAUGGCUGAGCUGGUACGUUCGCAGAAAUUGGAGUCUUUGACUGUUGUAUGCUGUCAUCGGAUCUCUCUGAAUGGCGUGCAGGGGGCUGCCAGAUCAGUACACUAUUCCGCCUAGUCUGAAAACUUCCCCCGUUCAGAAGGGAGUACAUUGUUCCAGCAAAUAUUUACACAAAAAGGGGACAUCUCGUCAUGGCCAGGGCGGUACAGGAAGAAUGAAAUAAUCUUUGGGCGUUAUGUUUGCCUAUUCUUUGCCGUUAUAUUAGUAGCUAUAUGCUGUAUUAGGGAAGUAGUGACUUUGAAGACGGGUGAUGCUAUGGUGUAUUCCAUCUGGUAACUAUGAAGUUUUCUGUCAAAUCCUCUUAAGUUCUGAA